UCUUUUUCCGCGUUGUCUGCCACGAACGAUUCAUCCGAAAAUCCUUCGGGUCAGAAUGCGAUGACGACGUUCAGCCAUCUUCGACGAACUGCCAGAACUUUGCAGUUUUUACAACCCUAUAAGCAGAAUGUUCAUGGCGGCCUUCGGCAAUUCCUACGGAAUGAAUCGAGUUUCGUACCGAAGCGUGUGCUGAUCGUGAGCAAAUUGUCACGAUAUUAUUUCGAGAAAUUGCGAGAACCAAAUCUCAGUGAAGCGGAGUUCAAAAAGAAGUUGCUAGAAAGAGGAUCCGACUAUGAGACUAUGCUGGGUAGUCAUAUGGAAACCAAAACUGUGCAAGACCAAGUCAUUGAAGUCUUGAAGAAGAUGAACAUAGAAUAUAGAUUAAUAAACAGGCAAAAUUUAGAGCUAUCGAAUUUUACAUGGGCCGACUUGAUUCUUCCGAUUGGUGGCGACGGCACAUUUCUGUUGGCGUCGAAUUUGAUAUUCGAUAAUAAAAAACCGAUAAUAGGUAUUAAUUCUCAUCCGGGAGGAUCGGAAGGUUACCUUAUGUUAUCGCCAAAAUAUACGAACAGGAUACCCGAUAUUUUUGAAAUGCUAAAAGCGGGGCAAUAUCGUGUUUUAAUGAGGAGAAGAAUUCGAACUACCCUGAAGGGGGAUGAUAUCUGGGAAGCACCUUUCCACACGCAUGAAAAAGGUCGCGUUGCAGGCGGCGAGAAAUUCUACACGCACAAUUUGAAGGAACAGACACCAAAUAACUUACAAAAAGAGAGACGUUUACCGUGGUUAGCAUUAAAUGAAGUUUUUAUGGCAGAAACGUUGUCGGCCAGGACAAGUGACUUAUUAAUUAAAGUUAACAAUGAUGAGAAGUACCACUUGGUAAAAAGCUCUGGAUUAUGUGUUAGCACGGGGACAGGAUCAACAUCCUGGCAUAAAUCAAUAAACAGUGUUAAUCCACAGAUAGUCAAAGAGAUAUUAAAUGUUAUUAAUGAAAAGAGGCAGUUUAGUAAGGAGGAAAUUGAAAGUAUUUGCACGACUUUUAACAGUAGUUUACAUUUCAAACCCGAGGAACCAAAACUCUGUUACGCUGUAAGAGAUAUGAUAGUGACUGAUAUUUGGCCAGUGCCGAAGUGUUUGAAUUCCCGUGGAUUUUGUACAAAGUUAACUGUAAGAUCACAGUGUUUCGACGGUGCUCUAGUUCUUGAUGGUGGGAUUGCCGUACCAUUUAAAUUUGGGACAACUGCGGUUUUGGAAAGUCACCCUGGUGAUUGCUUACGAUCAUUAAUCCUCCUAGAUUGAACAUAACUUAUUUCUAUAAGAAAUG